UUUUUUUUAAAAUAACCGGAACCAAUGAACGCAGCCGGGACCCGAGCUCCAGAGGCCGCCGGUGCGGAGGGGACCAGGCUGGCGCCCAGCAGGAGCUCGAGUCCGAGGCGGCGAGGGCGGCCCGAGAAGUCGCCCGCAGCGGCAACGGCUGCAGCGUCUGGCGGAGCGGACGAGCUGCCGGCGGCUGGGGCGCCGCCGCGCUUUCCCUUCGCUCCUCCUCCGCGCCCUCAUCCCGCCGCGGCGUCCGGCCCGGGCUCGGGCUGGCUGCGGCGGCGGUGGUGCUGGGCUGCGCUGCUGGUGUUCGGACUGCUGGUGGCCGGAGCGGCGGACGGAUGCGAGCUGGUGUCCCGGCACCUCCGCGGGCGGCGGGCCUCAGGCUCUGCCGCGGCAGCCGUCUCCUCUCACGCUGCGGCGGCUGGCGACAGUCCGGCGCUCAUGACAGAUCCCUGCCUAUCACUGAGUCCACCAUGCUUCACAGAAGAAGACAGAUACAGUCUGGAAGCUCUUCAAACAAUACAUAAACAGAUGGAUGAUGACAAAGAUGGUGGAAUUGAAGUAGAUGAAAGCGAUGAAUUUAUUAGAGAAGAUAUGAAAUAUAAAGAUGCUACUAAUAAACACAGCCAUCUGCACAGAGAAGAUAAGCAUAUAACUGUUGAGGAUUUAUGGAAACGGUGGAAAACUUCAGAAGUUCAUAAUUGGACCCUUGAGGAUACGCUUCAGUGGUUGAUAGAAUUUGUUGAACUACCCCAAUAUGAAAAGAAUUUUAGAGACAAUAAUGUCAAAGGAACAACGCUUCCCAGGAUAGCAGUACAUGAGCCUUCAUUUAUGAGUUCUCAAUUGAAAAUCAGCGAUCGGAGUCACAGGCAAAAACUUCAGCUCAAGGCACUGGAUGUGGUUUUGUUUGGACCUCUGACACGCCCACCUCAUAACUGGAUGAAGGAUUUUAUUCUCACAGUUUCUAUAGUAAUUGGUGUCGGAGGGUGCUGGUUUGCUUACACACAGAAUAAGACAUCAAAAGAACAUGUUGCAAAAAUGAUGAAGGACUUAGAGAGUCUACAAACUGCAGAGCAAAGCCUAAUGGACUUACAGGAGAGGCUUGAAAAAGCACAGGAAGAAAACAGAAAUGUUGCUGUAGAAAAGCAAAAUCUAGAACGCAAAAUGAUGGAUGAAAUCAAUUAUGCAAAGGAAGAGGCCUGUCGGCUGAGAGAGCUAAGGGAAGGAGCCGAAUGUGAACUGAGCAGACGGCAAUACGCAGAGCAGGAAUUGGAGCAGGUUCGAAUGGCUCUAAAAAAGGCUGAAAAAGAAUUUGAACUCCGAAGCAGCUGGUCUGUUCCAGAUGCACUUCAGAAAUGGCUUCAGUUAACACAUGAAGUAGAAGUUCAGUACUACAAUAUUAAAAGACAAAAUGCUGAGAUGCAAUUAGCUAUUGCUAAGGAUGAGGUUGCUGCAUCAUAUCUGAUUCAGGCAGAGAAAAUUAAAAAGAAAAGGAGCACAGUCUUUGGGACUCUGCAUGUUGCACAUAGCUCCUCCCUAGAUGAGGUAGAUCACAAAAUUCUGGAAGCAAAGAAAGCGCUCUCUGAGUUGACAACUUGUUUACGGGAACGACUUUUUCGCUGGCAGCAGAUUGAGAAGAUCUGUGGCUUUCAGAUAGCCCAUAACUCGGGACUCCCCAGCUUGACCUCUUCCCUGUAUUCUGAUCACAGCUGGGUGGUGAUGCCCAGAGUCUCCAUUCCACCCUAUCCAAUUGCUGGAGGAGUUGAUGAUUUAGAUGAAGAUACACCCCCAAUAGUGUCACAGUUUCCUGGGACCAUGGCCAAGCCCGCGGGGUCGCUCGCCCGAAGCAGCAGCCUGUGCCGUUCCCGUCGCAGCAUUGUGCCAGCCUCGCCGCAGUGUCCUCGUGCCCAGCUCCCUCCUCACACGCCGCACCAGGCCCACACCCGGCACCCCCACCACCCCCAGCACCCGCAGCACUCCUUGCCUUCCCCUGACCCUGAUAUCCUGUCAGUGUCAAGUUGUCCCGUCCUUUAUCGAAAUGAGGAGGAGGAGGAGGCCAUUUACUUCUCUGCUGAAAAGCAAUGGGAAGUGCCAGACACGGCCUCAGAAUGUGACUCCUUAAAUUCUUCCAUUGGAAGGAAACAGUCUCCUCCUUCAAGCCUUGAGAUAUACCAAACAUUGUCUCCUCGAAAGAUAUCAAGAGAUGAACUCUCUCUAGAGGAUUCAUCCCGAGGAGAUUCACCCAUAACUGCAGAUAUCUCUCGGGGUUCUCCAGAUUGUGUAGGCCUGACAGAAACGAAGAGUAUGAUCUUCAGUCCUGCCAGCAAAGUGUACAAUGGCAUCUUGGAGAAGUCCUGUAGCAUGAACCAGCUUUCUAGUGGCAUCCCGGUGCCUAAACCUCGCCACACGUCCUGUUCCUCUGCUGGCAAUGACAGUAAGCCAGUUCAGGAAGCCCCACAUGUUGCCAGGAUAAGCAGCAUCCCGCACGAUCUUUGUCAUAAUGGAGAGAAAAGCAAAAAGCCAUCAAAAAUUAAAAGCCUUUUUAAGAAGAAAUCUAAGUGAACUGGCUACUUGAUGGAAUUUAUUGAAGUGGCAUCUUUAAACUCUUUAUCUCCCGUCCUCCACUCCCCCCCUUAUUUUUUUUUUUUAAUUUUAGGAAUGUAACGCCAUUGGGGCUUUCCAGACUGGAUGUCAUAGUGGACUGUCCCAGGGGCAACUGUCUACUGUCUGCCUAUUUAAAUGACUAUAUAAUCAAUUUGUCAAGCCAGUUAUACUGAAAAAUCAUUAAGAGAUGAGACAGUUUACAGUCAUUUCUGCCUAUUUAUUUCUGCUUUGUUAUUAGUGAUGUAUAUACAACAUUUUGUUGAAAGCCACUAUGGACUUACAAGCUUUAAUGGACUAGUAAGCCAGCAUGGGCUUGCAAAAAUUUCUUGUUUACCACACCAUCUUCUUAUCUUUCCACAGAGCUAUUUACAUCCUGGACUAAAUGACUUAAAGUAAAACUAAUUGCACUACCGUUUUCCAGACUGGAAAAAAAAAAAAUCUCUGCAAGUGAAACUGUAUAGAGUUUAUAAAAUGACUAUGGAUAGGGGACUGUUUUCACUUUUAGAUCAAAAUGGAUUUUUAAGUAGAACCUAGGGUUUCUAAUUGACUUGAUUUCUGGAAAUGAAAACCCACGCUUUUAUUAUGGGAAGCUUCUAUAAAUGCAUUUAAUAUUAUAAAGUUUCAAGUCCUGCUGUAAAGAUCAUGUUGUUUUGUUUUUCCCAGGGCUUUCACUGUGAUUUACUGCAUUGCAGGCUGUAUGAUAAAAUAUAAAUAAUUUAAGGAGAGAAGGCUCUUGAUUUCCUUACACACGUGGAAGAGUUAAAAUUUGAUUGAAGGACUGACAUUCACAAGCUUAAACUGAGGUUGGGGACGUGGGAAUUCAGGCACUUGUUUACAGACUUUGAAUAACCGCAAAGAAGUUUGGUUUGUGAAGAAUUUGUACUGUGGAAAAGAUAAUAAAUUGGAGACAUUAUUGUGUG